UUUUUUUGUUUUUGGGGGUUUUUUUUGCCUUUUUUUAUUUUUUUAGUAAUUUUAGUUGUUUUUAAACACUUAAUGGCCCAAACUCAAGCAAAAGUUGAAUUUGACUUUGACGCCCAGCCAGCAAGUGGAGAACUUACAAUUAAAUCUGGAGAAGUUGUGACUGUUCUGAAAGAGGGAAUAGAUGGCGGUUGGAUUGAAGUUCGCAACUCUAAAGGAAAAGUUGGUCUAGUUCCGGCAAGUUAUGUGUCUAAAAUGCUUAUGUCCAAGGAAUUUUUUCGGUCUUUUCGAGUAAAUCGACCUAAUUUUCUAUCCCUUGCCCUUCCAAUUUUCUAAUUCUAAAGUUACUUAAUCCCUUUUCUUGGGUUUGUUUUGGGUGCUGAACUUGAAUUUGAACUCUAUUUAGUCGUGGGUUAUACAAUUUGAAGGCUAUUUUUAUUUUUUAUUCUAAUUAUAAACCUUUGGGAUCAAAUGUCAUUUUUUAAUAAUUUUUCCUAAAAUUUCUUUAUUUUUGUCAAUAAUGACCAAUUUUCUUUAAAUUAAACGUAUCCUUAUCAAUAUUAGUCUAAUAAAAUCGAAUUUAAUGUAAUAUAUCUAUUUUUGAUUGAAUUAGUUUCGAAUUUUUUUGAGACUAUUUUUCAACCUUUUAAUUAUUUGUAAAUAUUUUUUCGACUAACUUGACCCAAUUUUCGAUUGAUUUUAUUCAAUUUUUCUUUUUUCUUUUUUAUUUUUAAAAUUAUUUUUGAGAAUAUCUAUAAUUUAAACAGAAAAUUAAUAAAUUCCCAUCCUUCUACUCCCCCUUUAAUCUUUGGGAUCAAAUGUCAUCUCUCUCAUAAAUUUCAUUGUUAUUUUUCAUUAUUUUUAUUAUUUUU